UCUCUCUCAUCCUUCAACAUCCCAUAUUUGCCGGCGAGAUGUAUAGGUUAUAUAUUAGAGAGAGAGAACUCAAAUUCAUGUGAGAGGAUUUUCUUCCGUGAUUUUCUCUUUCUAAACACUCUUCUACACGUAGUCUGAAAAACACACAAAGAUUUUUCCGACAAAAUCUCAUUAAACCCAUCUCAGACACACAGAGAGAGACAAAGAGGCAUUCACUGUCCGAAAGGAUUAAAACUUUCGGCAAAGAGAAGAUGAAGAACAAGACCAGUUUAGGUCUCUCCGUCUUCUUCUUCCUACUCUCUCUCGCCACCGUGGCAUCAGAUCUAGCAGCUGAUCGACGAGCACUAAUCGCUCUCCGCGACGGCGUACACGGCCGUCCUCUACUCUGGAACCUAACCGCGCCGCCGUGCACUUGGGGAGGAGUCCAAUGCGAUGCGGGUCGGGUCACAUCUCUCCGGUUACCCGGUGUGGGUUUAUCGGGUCCGUUACCAAUCGCAAUCGGGAACCUAACCCAGCUCCACACCGUAUCUUUCCGGUUUAACUCCUUAACCGGUCCUAUCCCGCGGGAUUUCGCUAACCUGACUCUCCUCCGUUACCUUUACCUCCAAGGAAACGCGUUUUCCGGAGAGAUUCCUUCGUUUCUCUUCACUCUACCUAACGUGGUUCGGAUCAACCUCGCUCAGAACAAUUUCUCCGGUUCGAUCCCGGUUAAUGUUAAUUCAGCGACCCGGUUAGCUACUCUUUAUUUGGAAGAAAACCAGUUAACCGGUCCCAUACCGGAGAUUAAGAUCCCGCUUCAGCAAUUCAAUGUAUCGUCGAACCAGCUAAACGGGUCGAUACCGGGUCCGUUGUCGGGUAUGCCCAAAACCGCUUUUGAAGGUAACUCUCUAUGUGGGAAGCCGUUAGCCGCCUGCUCCGUCACCGGUAAAGGCAAAAGCGAUAAGUUAUCGGCCGGAGCUAUCGCCGGAAUAGUGAUUGGUUGUGUCUUGGGGCUUCUCUUGCUCCUCUUGAUCCUGUUCUGUCUCUGCAGAAGCAAGAAGAAGAAGGAAGAGAACAAUGUGGAGUCGAGAAGCAUCGAAGAAGCUCCCGUCCCAACCUCGUCGGCAAAGGAAACGCCGGCGGUGGCUAACGUCCCUCCUCCUCCGGUGGCUAACGGUGACGGUGCACCAGCGAGUAAAGAUCUGACCUUUUUUGUGAAAUCGUACGGUCAGUUCGAUCUCGACGGGCUGCUAAAGGCUUCCGCGGAGGUUCUCGGGAAAGGAACGUUGGGAUCGUCGUACAAGGCGAGUUUCGAUCACGGGCUAGUGGUGGCCGUGAAGCGGUUGAGAGAUGUUGUGGUGACUGAGAAGGAGUUUAGAGAGAAGAUGCAGGUUCUUGGAUCGGUUAGCCAUGUGAAUCUCGUGACGUUGAUCGCUUAUUACUUCAGCCGCGACGAGAAGCUCGUUGUGUUCGAGUACAUGUCGAGAGGAAGCUUGUCCGCUUUAUUACACGGGAACAGAGGAAGUGGUAGAAGUCCGUUGAACUGGGAAACGAGAGCUGGUAUAGCUCUAGGAGCUGCAAGAGCUAUUAGUUACCUUCAUUCACGUGACGCGGCAACAUCUCAUGGCAACAUUAAGUCAUCUAACAUUCUCUUGUCUGAAUCCUACGAGGCUAAGGUCUCUGAUUACUGUCUUGCGCCUAUGAUCAGCGCUGCGUCUACUCCUAACCGCAUUGAUGGUUACCGUGCUCCAGAAGUAACCGAUGCUCGUAGAAUCUCGCAAAAGGCUGAUGUUUAUAGCUUUGGUGUUCUUAUUCUUGAACUACUCACAGGAAAAUCUCCAACGCAUCAGCAGUUAAGCGAGGAAGGUGUUGAUUUACCGAGAUGGGUUUCAUCGAUCAUUGAACAACAGUCUCCUUCGGUUGUGUUUGAUCCAGAGCUCACAAGGUAUCAAGAUGAUGGUGGUAAUGAGAAUAUGAUCAGGCUUUUGAAGAUAGGUAUAAGCUGUACGGCUCAGUAUCCAGAUAGUCGUCCUUCAAUGCCUGAAGUCACGAGGCUCAUCGAGGAGGUUUCUCGUUCAUCUGGUUCACCAGGUCCUUUGUCUGAUUGAUUUUUUUUUGUUCUCUUUUUUUCGAGAUGGGGUUUAAAUUGAUCGAUUUUAAAGUUGUUGGUCUAAGUUUGAAUUUGUUUAAAUAGUUUUGUUGGGGUGAUUUUUGAAGUUAGUUGAAAAAUACGCUCAAUGUUUUUUUCUCUUUUAAUUUUAAUUAGUUUUGAAAGGGGUUUAUCAGCUGUUAAAUAUAUCAUUGCUAAAGUGUGGAAUCAAAAAUAUACCUCUUUCUCUCCUAA